GUGCAUGGGCCAAGUGAAUUAGUAGUGUUUCUUGCAAAGAAAGAAGAGAGGGAGAGAGGGUAGCAAACACAAUGGAGAGUCCAAAUGGUCAAGAGUUGAUCUCAAGAAGAAGUAACAAGGAUGUCUCCCUCCUAGAGCUGAGAGAUAGGUUGGCGGAGUUUGCUGCGGUCAGAGGAUGGGACAAGCACCACAGCCCCAGAAAUCUGCUCUUAGCAUUGGUGGGGGAGGUGGGAGAGCUGUCGGAGAUAUUCCAGUGGAAAGGGGAAGUGGAGAGAGGACUCCCCAACUGGAGCUCCAGCGACAAGGAACACUUGGAGGAAGAGCUGUCGGAUGUGCUGCUCUACCUCGUCCAACUGGCCGAUGUCUGUGGGCUCGACCUCGGCCAAGCUGCUCUCUCCAAACUCGUCAAGAAUGCUCGCAAGUACCCUGUUGUCAAACCCUAACUAAUCAGCUUUCCCAUAACC